AUGCUGGCAACGCUGCCGUCGUCGUCGUCCGUGGCGGCUGUCGCGUGUGCAGUCGAUUCAAUACGCAUCAAGUCCGUGGAAGAAGACGACGCGGAUUACGAAGAGCUUAUUCCGCCCGAGAACUUUGCCAUGAUCGAAAAGGGUCUUUACCGAAGUGGAUUUCCAAAGAAAAAGAAUUUUGCAUUUCUUCGGAAAUCGCUGCAGCUCACGUCGAUAUUGACACUUGUGCUGGAAGACUAUCCGUCGGCCAAUACCGAGUUCAACCGCAUGCACGGUAUCAAGUUGCUGCAAUUUGGAGUUCCUGGAAAUAAGGAGCCUUUUGUUGACAUACCGGAGGACGGCAUUGUUGCGGCGCUGAAAGCCGUGCUCGACAAGCGCAACCAUCCGAUGCUCAUUCAUUGUAACAAGGGAAAGCAUCGUACUGGCUGCCUCGUUGGCUCGUUGCGCAAGGUUCAGCGGUGGGCUUUCAGCUCGAUUUUCGACGAAUACAUUCGCUUUUCAGCCCCAAAGCCCCGAAUGAUGGAUCAACAGUUUAUCGAGUUAUUUAAGACCGAACGCGUCACGGAAGAGGAGAGUCUGACAGAGCACCUCCCGAACUGGCCUGGUCUUUAG